CCGUCAGUCAGUCUGUCUAUCUGAGCGAUGCGGGCACUCACACCGACGCGCAAACUCUGAAAACACAAUUACACGCACAAGCCGAAUGCGUGGAUAUCAUGCAGUCACAUGAAACCACUUUAUUUCUAGACGAUAAACACACGAACCACCUCUCCUCUUCCUAUUUUUGGUGCUUUCUUCUCCUCCGUGUGUAACCGAGAGAGGGGGGGGAGACGAGGAUUCAGAGACGGGGAGAACAGGAAUGUUUCUUCCGGUUCCAAAGAGUGUAAAAACCGAACGGAAGCCGGCGUGGUUUUUGUAGUCUGUCAACGCACUCUUGUACUCCUACCUUCGCUUCCACUGCUAGUGCCUCAUUGAACACUGUGAGACUGCUCUGCUGCCAGCUUUGGUUUCCACCCUACUGCAGGAAAAACCAUUGAGACAAGAAAGAGGCCUCUCGAGAACUGCAGCCGACCUCUGACUGCAUGUCUCAGAGCUCUGACCGACCCCUCUCCUCUUCCUCUUCCUCCUCCUCCUUCCACUGCUCCUCAAGGACCCACGUUUCUACAUAACCAUAACCCCCAAACUUCCAGCCACCUGCUAACUGUUUCAUCACAGACACGAUUUGCAAUCGCUCCCCCUGGGCAGUAGGAUCAACCACCGUCCCCCGACCGGCCCCCGACUGGUGCUCCUUCAGUGGGGGAGGGAGGGGAAAGAAGGCAGCUGAGCAACGUGUCGCUUUCCCCGGAGAUGAAGCUGCAGGCUGUCAUGGAGAACCUGCACAGGCAGCAGAGGGCCAAGCUGCUGAUGGAGCAGCAGCUGCAGCAGCAAGCUGCCGCCCAACACACUCAUGUCCGCACAGGUGGAGGAGGAGGGGAUGAGCCGAUGGGAAGCCCAGCCCCUGAGACAGAGCAGGCCCAGAUGGCAGCACUGGCAGCCAUGCGAGCAGCGGCGGCUGGGUUGCAGAGAGUGUCAGACAGCCCCAUGUCAGAGCGCAGCAGUGGCGGCGAAGAGGAAGGUGACGAUGAUGACAAUGAGGAAGCAGAGGAGCAAUACAAGGACAUGAUGGGAUCAGACGAGGAGGAGCAGAUCAAACAGAAAUGGGACGAGGAGGACUUUGAAGGCGAGAUGGAAGAAGACUUUGAUGAUGACCUGGCGGAGGAGGGUCUGCCAACGGGCCACAAUGCUGUGGUCCCUGGGAAAGGUAUCCUCCUGCUGCCCCACCGCCAGCUCCACCCCCACUCCCAGCUACUGAAGGCCCGUCCCAGUGUCGAGCAAGAGCCCCGCGUAGCCAUCCUGCCUCCCCACGCCACGCACAGCCACCUGGGCGGCCAGGACCAUGGAGAAUGGACCUAUGAGGAACAGUUCAGACAGCUGUAUGAACUGGAUGGAGACCCAAAGAGGAAAGAGUUUCUGGAUGACCUCUUCAGUUUCAUGCAAAAAAGAGGAACUCCUGUGAAUCGUAUUCCCAUCAUGGCCAAGCAGGUCCUGGAUCUGUACAUGCUCUACAGGCUGGUAACAGAGAAGGGCGGCCUGGUGGAGGUCAUCAACAAGAAGCUGUGGAGGGAGAUCACCAAGGGACUCAACCUGCCUACCUCAAUCACCAGUGCAGCCUUCACCCUCCGCACACAAUACAUGAAGUACCUGUACCCGUAUGAAUGUGAUAAGAGGGGUCUGAGCAACCCCAACGAGCUCCAGGCGGCCAUCGACAGUAAUCGGCGGGAGGGCCGACGACAGAGCUUCGGCAGCUCCCUCUUCACAUACUCCCCCAACGGGACGCCCACCAUGCUCUCCUCGCCCAAGAUCCCCAGUGUGGGCAUGACAGUGAGCACCAACGGGGCCUCGCUGACCCCCAUCCAGAAGAUCAAGAAAGAAGAGGAGGGAGGCCAACCUCUACCAGGGAUCGGUGUGGCUCGCUUGCCAGCGGGGGCGUUGGCAGGUCACUCGGUGGCUUCUGUGCAGGCGGCAGCAGCCCAGGCAGCAAUGGCGGCUCAGGUGGCGGCUCUGGAGCAGCUGAGGGACAAACUGGAGGCUGGGGAGCCACCAGAGAAGAAGAUGGCGCUGCCGGCCGAGGAACACCACCGACUGCUGCAGAGAGCACUGCAACACAACCUCCUGGCCAUGACCGCCCAGAUACCUAUGAACAUCCGCAUCAACAACCAAGACGGCAGGCAGGACUCGGCCCUGAACCUCACCACCAACGGCACAAGCAGCAUUAGCAUGUCAGUGGAGCUCAAUGGAGUCGUGUACACAGGCGUUCUUUUUGCUCAGGCAGCAGCAGGGUUGGCCUCUUCUGGUGCGUCCGUCUCCAACAAGGUCGUCAGCGCUCGUGUCGCUCCACCACAGCAGCAGCAGCAUCAGCAGCAGAACACACCUACCUCAACCUCAACCUCCAGCAACCCAUUGUCUUAACAAACCCUCAGCCUCCCCCCCUCUUCCUUUUUUUUAUUACCACGCUAAGUAAAGCCAAAAAUCAACCUCAUUUUCUACAGAAUCUAUGCCAAAAAGAGAAGAACCAUAAACCGUACAGAAAGACACAAACUGAAACUCAAAUCACUUGAAGUACACUAUCUCAGGUUUUCUCUCACCAACUCACCUCUUUUGUUCUUCACAGCCAAAAUGAUUUUGAAAAAAAAAUCCCGAUUUAGAGCCAGUAUAUGCUAAACAAAUAUGUAUGCACAUCCUGUGAAUUAUUUAUUUCUGCAUAAAUGUACAGACUAUCGGAGAACAAAAGAGAAGGUAAUAACUAGGAAGGGUAAUGCACUGUUUACACACACAAACACAGCUACUGACUGACAGCAAUGUUUUAUCCUCUAGGGGAGAGAUUUUUUUUUUAAAUUUUAUUUUACCUUUUCAUUGUCAUUAUUAUCAUUAUUGUUAUUCUCAUUAU